AUGGGUAUCGCAAUAACAAAAGGAUUAAUUAAAGAAGAGUUCAGCCAAUUGAAGGAUGCCAUGGAAGAAGGGGACGUUGCAGGUGUUGCAGCCAAAAUAAACAAAGAAAUGGAAUUAUUAAAUAACACCACACUUCGUAUUGGCAUUACAGGAUGCUCGGGUGCAGGUAAAUCAUCGCUUGUCAAUGCCCUGCGAGAAAUGGCAGAUGAUGAAGAGGACUCAGCACCGACUGGAGUAAAAGAAACUACAAAGGAUGUACAGGCAUAUCAGCACCCCAAGUUCCCCAAAGUUAUAUUUUUUGAUAUGCCUGGAAUUGGAACAUCUAAUUUUAAAGCAGCUAAAUAUCUAAAGCAGGUAAAUUUUAGCCAGUAUGAUUUUUUCAUCAUUGCUGGAGGAGAUCGAUUCACUGAAAAUGAUGUCAAGCUAGCUUGUGAAAUUAAGAAAAUGAAGAAGAUGUACUACUUUGUGCGCACACAAGUGGAUAAAAGUAUUGAUUCGGAGAAAAAGAAAAAAAGCUUCAAUGAGGAAAAAACCCUUGAGGAAAUCAGGAAUUAUUGCAUGGAAAAUUUGAAGGAAUCAGGAGAGCAUCCACCAAGGGUUUUCCUAAUAACAAGAUGGGAUUUGAGCAAGUAUGACUUUCCACUCCUUGUAAAAGCAUUGGAGGAGGGCCUGGAUGAUGUCAAGAAACAUGUUUUAAUCAUGGCUCUUCCAGCUUUUUCUAAGGAAGCCAUUCAAAAGAAAGAGAAUGCCAUGAUAUCUCUUAUAUGGAAACUGUCUUUUGUGUCUUGUGCUAUUGGGGCCACUCCUAUCCCAGGCCUCUCUCUUGCUUGUGACACUGCCAUCCUGGUGGGAGCAAUGAUAACAAUAUACAAGAGUUUUGGGUUGGAUGAAGACACCCUUCGUAGAUUUGGAGAACGUGUUGGAAAACCUGUGGAUGAAUUGAAGUCUGCUGUCAAGAAAACCCCAAGAGCUGGUAGAAUCACCAAAGAAUUUGCAAUUGACUACUUGCAGAAGUCAGCAGUAUGGGUAACAGUAACUGUUAUUGAGUUAGUCCUAGAUUUUGUACCUAUUGUAGGCUCAGUGAUCGGUGGAGGUGCUUCUUUUGUUACCACAUUCUACAUGCUGAAGAAUUUCCUGAGAGAUGUUGUGGAAGAUGCACAUAAUGUUCUGAAAAAAGCUCAGGAAAAAAAAGAAUGA